AUGCGCCGUCUGUUGGGUCCACAGGUGCCCAUCGAACGCAGCUUCUUUCGCAUUCCGCGCUUUUCGGCUCGCGUCGCCGGUUUUUGGCCACAAUCAACUAAUCGGCAUCGUUCAUGGCUAACUGCGUUGCGUUUCUGCGUGAAUACCUUUGCCGUUGCCGUCGGCGGUUUCGGUGAGGUUUCCUACGGUUUCGUUUAUUUGCACGAUCUUUUUAGCGCGCUCGAGGCUUUCUGUCCGGGAAUUACCAAGGUCAUUUCACUAUUGAAGAUGACCAUAUUUUUUGGGCGCCACAAGCGUUGGCAACAUGUGAUUAAUAGUAUGCACCAAUUGUUGUUGCAAGAUACCAGCGCCGAAAAGCGCCGCAUCGUGGAGCCACUGGCCUCGUUUGGUUCCGCGUUGUCCUUUGUGCUGCUCUUAUCUGGUUCGCUAACGAAUACAUUUUUCAACAUUUUGCCGCUGCUAAAAAUGGGCUACUACAAGUGGCAGUCGCUGGAAGCCGAGCUGUUAUUGCCUUUCAAUGUUAUUUUGCCGGAAAUGUUCGUCAAUUGGCCAUAUUACCCUGCUACAUACCUGGUGCUGACGCUCUCCGGCGCCAUGACGGUUUUCACUUUUAGCGCAGUCGAUGGUUUCUUCCUCUGCGCCUGUGUGUAUACGAGUGCGUUGUUUCGCAUGUUGCAACAUGACAUACGUAACGCAUUCGCUGAAUUGCAAGAACUGGAGCACUCAACGUUGGCGCAAAAUAUGCGGAUACAGCAUCGAUUGGCGGUGCUCGUUGAGCGCCACAACAAAAUCAUCGAUCUGUGCAGCGAUUUCGCUUCGGAAUUUUCACUCAUCAUCCUGAUGCAUUUCCUUUCGGCAUCGCUGGUGUUGUGCUUCAGCAUUUUGGAUUUGAUGUUGAACUCCUCUUCUGUAGGCGUGUUGACUUACAUAUUCUACAGCAUCGCCGCUUUAACUCAACUGAUUCUCUAUUGCAUUGGCGGCACUUAUGUCAGCGAAAGCAGCUUGAAAGUAGCUGAGGUCAUAUAUGACACCGACUGGUAUAAGUGCGAUGUGCGCACGCGUCGCAUGUUGUUGCUGAUGAUCUGUCGCGCACAGAAGGCGAAAACCAUACAGGUGCCGUUUUUUACGCCGUCGCUGCCAGCUUUUCGUUCGAUCGUCAGCACAGCUGGUUCUUAUAUCACACUUCUGAAGACAUUCCUGUGAACAACGAAUUCGUUCCAUUCAAACGUUUUAGUGGACUUAUUAAUUAAAUACACAUUGACCUAUUUAUGACAAAAUCACAGCGCUAAUAAUGAAACAUAAUUGAACCCAAAAAAACCUUAUGAUGUGGAAAACGAGAUGAAGGAAGAAGAAUGAAGAGUAGUCGCUGCGCAGCUGUAAUCAUCACUUUUGCCCAACAAAACAGAGGGCAAAUCAACAUAUACUAAUUGGUACAUGACAUUUCCUUAUCGUUUCAGCGACGUAGAAAUAUAAAUUCCAUGACGAAAAGCUAUAAACAAAGAACAAAAGAGAUCUGAUGCCAACAUAAUUAAAUUUGAUGCGAUCAUAAAGAUCGUCUGAUAGUGAAGACAGUGCAACUUUAGAAAUUCUAAUUGAAAAAUAUUAUUCAAUCGGCCGACUGACAUUAUAUGAGCGCCUGGAACAAGUGCUAAACACCAAACAAGGCCGCUGGAAAAAUUUAAAACGUUUCUACUAACUGAUUUUUUUCACCAUCAGGCGAACAUAAAAAUUGCAUGCGAAUUUACAGAAUACACAAAGAACAACAAUUUCUGUAAAAUUACCAACAGUGUGACACUGGUGCCAUAUGAACCUUCAGCACAACAAUAAAGUAACAUCUGCCAAUCAAUACUAAAACUAACAGUUCUUGCAUUCCUUAGCUUCUGACAACAAUAAAUCAAAUUUUUAUUUUCCUUUUGUUAUCUCUUCCUUAUAUAUAGGGUGUACCAAUAGUAAUGCAAUAUUUAAAUUCGCAAUCAUUUCAAGAUCUCUGCGCAUUUGACGAAUAUAAAACGCUAUUCCGAUCAUAUUUUAUAUGAAAGUUUUGAACAGUGGCCACCAAGCUUUCAUUAUUUUUAAAUAUUGAUUAAUAAUGAAAAUAUGUUAUUCAUUUUUACUAAGCCUAAACUGUCAGCUGUCGGUUUGUUUUGUUUAAAGGGUUGUUAACACUUUACUGCAUAAAUGGCGACAAAUUUAAAACUUGCGCUAAUUUUGGAACACCCUGUAUUUAUUGUAACCUUGCUUUAAUUUUGCGCGCCUGGUGCAAAUGAAUUGUCUCCAUAUGAUAGUUUGGGUGCGUCGGCUGAACGAAAUGUAUGAGUAUAUUAGCCGAAUGACUAGGCGCCCAUAAAAACCGUGCAGGUUACAACAAUGCACACUAUGCAAACAUUAGUGACACAGCGACACCCUCAGGGAAUGAACCACUGCUGUUAUCUUACUUAACAGCAUGCAGCUAUGUUAAUUACAGUGCUCGUUUAACAUAGUUGGUGCAGUUGCCUAUUGCUGUUUAUGUUCGCCUGGUACUAAUUGGCAAUUUGGUAAUUUCAGCGUCGCGCAGAUUCCAGAAAUGACCACAGGGUGCAUCAAAGGCAAUGAUUUUGCUUAUACUAGUUUUAGAAUUUCAGGAUUUUACAACAGUAAUAAAAAUGUAUUUAUGAGAAUGGAAGGAAAGCGUUUUGAAUAAUAAUUACAAAAAUAUUAAA